AUGAGGAGAGUAUAUGCUCUGGACAAACGAGGAAUAAUUCCUGAAGUGCUUACCGCUUUCACUUACCUCCAGUUCUUGAAGAUUGAUCAAAAUUACUUUACAGGGCCCUUGCCAGUGUUCAUUGGAAACUUAACUGCAUUACAACUAUUGUCAAUUGCCCACAAUGCAUUCUCUGGGCCCAUACCCCCUGAGCUUGGAAGACUUACAGCACUGACAAUGCUGUCUUUGGGUUCGAAUAACUUCUCCGGUACCCUUCCUCCAGAACUUGGAGACUUAGUCAAUCUGGAGCAAAUAUAUAUAAACAGUUGCGGCGCAGGUGGUGAAAUUCCCCCUACAUUUGCUAAGCUUCGAAACAUGCGCAUAAUGUGGGCAGCAGACAGUCCAUUCACAGGAAAAAUACCUGAUUUCAUAGGGAGCUGGACACAGAUGACAUCUUUGAGAUUUCAAGGGAACUCUUUCGAAGGUCCAAUACCAUCCAGUUUUUCAAAUUUGACCUCACUGACUUCUCUGCGAAUAAGUGACAUAUACAAUGUGAGUUCAUCGCUUGAUUUUAUCAAGAAUUUGAAGAACUUAACUGACUUGUCUCUGAGAAAUGCAUUAAUAUCUGGUGGCAUUCCAACUGAUAUUGGCGAGUACCGACAGCUACGGACAUUGUAA